AUGUUGCUCACCGUGAAACCUCCUUCGCACCAGGGAAUUUUAGCUCCCCAUGAUUACGCUGCUGUACCGCCUUCUUCCCAUCACCACCACCACCAUCUCCUCCACCACGAUCACCACCCCUCCCCUCUUGUCACGCGCGAGACUCCUCCUGUCACGUCCCCAGAUCCAUUCCCCGCUUCCGCCGCCGCUGCUGCUGCUGCGCAGUUUGCCCCUUCUACAAAGGCCAACGAGGUUAUGGACUCGACCAACCGAAACCUACCACCAAUGUCGAUAACUCUCGCCCCCCUAGAUCGUGGUCCCCCGGUCAUGGCUCCUAUGAACACGUCCCUGUCCCAUCUACCUUCCCCUCCUUCCCAAUUGCAGAAUACGGAUGAGUCCAUGCGCCAGUGGCUGCAGACGAAAGCUGAAGAGGAUCGCCGAAAACAAGAGGAGGAACGCACGCGCCAGGAAGGAUACCGACUGGACCAGCGCAAGAUUGAACAAUCGAUGCUUCGAGAGUCCCUCAUGGCUGGCGUACCUCCUUACAUGGUACCUUUAAUAUUUGCUAAUAUGGGAGGCAGUGGGAAUCUUCAAUGGACUCAGCAGUAUAUCUCACAGAUGUCCGGCCAGGGGAACUCGCAGCCACAUCCUUCUCAGCAAGCCUCCCAUAUUUAUGCGCAUACGCACACAUCACCGCAAUCUCAGCCCCAACAAUACCCGCCGCCUCAACAACAUAAUCAACAGCAACAGCAGCAGCAACAUCAUCAGCAUCAGCAACAGCAACAGCAACAGCAUCAGCAACAGCAUCAGCAUCAGCAACAGCAGCACGUACCUCACCCUUCCCAGCCCGCUCCUUCACCAGUCUCUCGUUGCCGUCCUCCGUCUCCUCAACAACCACAAGCGCAAUCACAGCCGCAAGCACAAUCUAUGCCCCCCCCUCUUCAAAUACCAGCAGCAGCCCAACAUGCACCGUCCGAAACUCCAUGGGAUAAUCGCAUGAUUCCUCCAAACCCUUACGCUGCACAACUGCCCCCUUCCAUAGCCGGGCCUUCUCAGUCAUCACCUUUAUCUCCAUCUUCUCAUCCUUCGUACGGCCGUGCGCCAUCAACCCGCCCGCCCAAUCCGAGUCAGACGACGGGUCAUCCAAUGCCCAACGCAGCCCCAUUGUCACGUAUUAACACAGCUGAAAUGAACAUCCAACAUCCUCAUCCCACCAACACUGACGCGAAUCCAUCAUAUACUGUCUCGUCUCCAGCAACGAGACCUCAACAGCAACAGCAACAGCGGCCGUCAUCGCCAUCACUAGCCAAAUCCGAUUCGGGAGCUGGCACAGCACCAGCUCAUCCCCAAUCGCAAUCGCAUCGACCUCAAGUUAGUAGUCAGUCACAGUCAUCAUCAUCAUCCUCCCCCUCAAUAUACUUCCAUCACUGGGUUCCACCGAACCAAUUAUUACAGCACAAUAAUAGCCCCUCAACAUCAGCAGGUGGGACAAGUACAAGUAAAAGCCCAAAUAACUCACCGUAUUCCGCGCAUCUCAAUUCCCAUCUGCGUUCUGAUUAUCAGAAUUCUCCGAGGAAGAGGAAGCCGCAGUUCGUACAUCAACCAGUCCCGCCACCACCAAGAGCUGAGACGUCGCCGGGAAGGACACCGCCAAAGGGCAAUGGGCGGAGUGGGGGACAUAUGAAACAUCAGAACCAGUCACACAGCCAAUCGCAACCGCAGGGCCAGGAGCAGAAAUAUUCUGGCGAUUUCCCGGAACUGGGGAGGCAUGGGCAGAUGCAUGUGGCAUCAUUAGUUCGGGCUGAGGAAAACGAAAAUGAUCAGCCGACAUCGGGGCGGGGUUCAAACAAUUCGGAUCGGGAGCGGGAGCAGGAACGGGAGCGAGAGCGGGAGCGGGAGAGCAGUGCUAAGCGAGAACGGAGUAGUGGGGUGCGGUUUGUUGCUGGUGGUGGUCGCAAUGGAAAUGAUGGAAACAGUGCCGUUGGGAAUAAGUACCCUCGAAAAGAGAGCGGUGGAGGAGGAGGAGGAGGAACAGGGGCAGAUUCUCGAGAAGAUUUACCACAGGGCGGUUCGGCCGGAGGAAGCAGUGGUGGACGUGGAGGAAGUCCUGAACAACCACCACCUACCCCCAGCAAUAAUACCAAUAAUCAGAACCAUGGGCAUCGUUCCUUCGCUGGAUAUGAUGCUUGUUCUGGUUCUGGUUAUGGUCAUGGACAUGCACAGGGACAGGACGGCGACGGACCCCCACCACCACCACAGCAGCAACUUCCGCCAGCCAACAAAGGGAUUUUCAGCAAGCAUGCGAACACGUACCGGUCAUCUACGGACCCAUCUCCGGUUCAUGCCAGUUCGAGAGAGGAGGCAGAGGGGCAGGCGGCGGCGGGUUGA